AUGAAUUCCCUUCCGCAGAGGGUACCUCCCAAUGUGCGCUUUAUCAUUGAUGAUGUUAAUCAAGAGUGGACUUUUCCUUCCCAAUCAUUUGACUUCAUUCAUGUGCGAAGCUUAGCAGGGAGCGUAGAACACUGGCCAACAUUUCUGCAGCAGUGUUAUGACCAUCUCAAACCGGGCGGUCGUAUCGAGAUUGGAGAGGUUCCCCGUGUGCAAUGCGAUGACGAUUCUUUUCCGGAGGAGUGCUACUUUCGAACGUGGGAGAAUGAAUUCUAUCGCAUCGGACAAAUUCAAGGUCGUAUUUGGGACAUAUCCUCAGAGAUGACGGGGCUAUUACAGGGCGCGGCCUUUGAGAAUAUUCAACAUACGCCAUAUGCUCUCCCUAUCGGAUCAUGGCCUAAAUGUCCAAAGUUGAAGGAAAUUGGCAAAUGGUUUCGCAUUCAACUAACCGAUAGUGCUAUUGAGGGCUACUCUUUAGCGCUAUUUACUCGGUAUGGACAAUGGAAACCAUCCGAGGUUCAAGUAUUAUUGGCGCAAGUUCGGAAGGAGCUUAACACCAACAAAAUGCAUAUAUAUACUAAAUAG